CACUUUCUCUUUCUCUGUCCGUUUAUCUUCCUCUUACACUCUCUCUCUCCCCUUCAUCUCACCUCCAACUAGUCAGUGUUCUGUCUCUCUGUCCUGCUCUGUCUCUCUCUUUUUCCCUCUCUGUCUGUCUCCCUCUCUCUCUCUUUUUGGUGUGCUCAAGCUCCAGUUUGGUUUGCUAUCUGUCUGUGCGUUGCCGGUCUCGUUCCUCUGCAGACCUGAACCUCCAGCUGAACCCGGGACUCCAGCUCACUCUACAGCAGUUGUAGAAAUGGCGAUGAACAGCAUCCUCAACCCUGAUGACAUUAAAAAAGCACUGGAUGCAUUUAAAGCUGUCGACUCAUUCGACCACAAGAGGUUUUUUGAGAUGGUCGGACUGAAGGCGAAGUCGGCUGACGAUGUGAAAAAGGCUUUCCAUGUCCUGGAUGCUGACAAUAGCGGAUUUAUAGAAGAAGAGGAACUUAAGUUUGUUCUGAAGGGUUUUGCUACAGAUGGGAGAGACCUGACCGAUAAGGAGACCAAAGCAUUCCUGCAGGCUGCGGACAAAGAUGGAGAUGGAAAGAUUGGAGCAGAAGAGUUUGCUGCUCUGGUUCGUGAAUAAGUGACACGGACUCUUGGCCUGUUCAUACCUCAUGACCCCUUGACCUCGACCUCAGCCUAAUACACCCCUGAAGCACAGACACACAUACACACUCACUUAAGGCCCGAGUAUACUUCAUUUUCUGUGUUCUGCUCCGCUCGUGCACAGUUGAGUGAGCGAGCCUUUGAAAGUAAACUCCUUUGGCCGUGAGCGCAGAAAGGUGCGUUCAAUCCCACAUCUAGUGGACUUUGCUUUGAAGCGCUCAAAUCACUCGCACAUGCACCAGUCACAAAAAUUGGGCUGUGUGUGGACAGCGCACGGUCGUCCGCAGACCCUCCUGAUGACGAAAAUUACGUCACACGGGCAGUGCGCGGACCGAUGCGGAGCGCGGACGGCCGAAGUAUACUUUGGACUUCACACACACGCUUGUACACCCCCCUCCUGAAUACAUCACCUACACACACACACUAAUCUCCCAUCAUCAUGCUAUUUAUUUUCCUUUUUAUACAAAAGUGAGUGUUUCUGCUAUUGUAUAGAUCAAGAGACCUUUAACAGGGCAAAACCUAAUGCCGGCAAUAUGUAGAUAUAAUAGAAAAGAAAACAACACACUCUCCAUGGUCCAGUAUUCCUUGUCUAUCUUAAUCUUCCUUUCAUUGAUCUUUCUCUCCACUGCCCCCAAACCUUCUCUCCAAACUCUCUCCAUCUCUCUGAUAACAAGCCUUUGUGAAACACACCAAAAGAAGAAAAAGGUCAAGUUGUGAAAGAAAACAAAAUAAAGAGACAAUGCCCGAAGA